GGGGAGCUAACGCUGUAGCAACAGAUAGGCUGUCGCUGGCAACUGCACACGCGCUAGUGUUUAGCAGCAGGGUGCGCAAGGGGCAGGGGCUUCACCCGCAUUAAGGUGCACCAGUCAGGUGGCUGGUUGAAGGCAUCAUCACCUCCAGCAAAGGGACAUCGCCAGCGAGAUUUCAUACCAGUCUGACUGCAGUUAGCCCAUUAUUCUGCAUAGGUUUACCUGGUUAAGUAGCAGCUCAGAAAAAGUGCUAACCUCAACAGGUGGUGGUAGAAGCAUACCUGUUUUAGUGGCUGGAAGCAUUCUUAGCUUUUUGUCUGGACAGUUUACUCCAUUUACAGAAGUGCUGGAGGCUCAUGACCAUGUCAACACUGCUGGAAAUAAAGACUAGUGUGCUACGGCAGGUACAGAACCGACAGUCCUUUCGCAGGAGGGCAGAAGCAGCUCCCAGCAUCUCCACUCAGGACUCCAUCAGAGCGACAGGUGCUUCGAGGGAAGAUUCACAAAAUGGCGACUUCUUUGAAAGAAUGAAAAACAUUCUUCAAAAACAUGAAUAUGUGCAGCGCUCUGGGAGACUAGAAAGUCUUGUGGGAAGCACAGCUCCAGCUCCUCCUGAGUCCAUUGGACAAGCUAAAGCUGUGGAGAAAGUAAAGUUAACAAGGAGAGAGCUAGACAUGCUGUAUGAGGAAGUUCUUUACACCGUGGUUCAUCAGACAGGCGUGGCAUCUUGUGAACAAGUCAUCAGUGAAGAUGAACUCUUCAGCUACCUACAAAAGGUAUUUGGAGUAAGUGGAAAUGAACAUGAAGCCAUUCUUCAAAAAGUCAAGGAGGCAAAGGUUCCAGGUCGUGUCUUGAAGGUGACAGUGGUACAGGCAAGAAAUCUCCUUGCUAAAGAUGCCAAUGGCUAUAGUGAUCCUUACUGCAUGCUUGGAAUUAUGAUAGGACAAAGUCCCCGAGAUACAGAAGAAAAGAAGGAAAGAAAAUUCAGUUUCCGCAAGAAAAAAGACAAAAUAGAAAAAAGAUCCAGUAUAAGGGAAGUAAUUCCUGCCAAGUACAUCCAAGUGACAGAGGUCAAGAACCAGACCCUGAAUCCUGUGUGGAAUGAACAGUUUCAGUUUGAAAUCGAUGAUAUCUACAGCGAUCAGUUCCAUCUCGACAUAUGGGACCAUGAUGAUGAUGUUUCUGUGGCGGAGGCUUGCAAAAAACUAAAUGAAGUCAGUGGAUUUAAAGGCAUGGGAAGGUAUUUUAAACAGAUUGUUAAGUCUGCCAGGGCAAAUGGAACAGCAUCAGCAGUUACAGAAGAAAACAUGGAUGAUUUCUUGGGUUGUCUUAAUAUUUCUGUUAAUGAAAUUCCAGUUGGAGGUUUAGACAAGUGGUUCAAGCUGGAGCCGAGAUCGAGUUCUUCUCGUGUGCAGGGAGACUGUCACAUUAUCCUUAACCUCAUCACUACACAGAGGGACACAGCACUGUGCAAGAAGACAUCAUCAUCAAAUAUUCAGGAAAUGUUACUUAACCAGCUCCUGGAGCAUGAACACAAGGAGUAUGUGACUGGAUUUGAAAACUGGAAUGGAGAGCUGAGUAAACAUGCUUGCACAAUCCUUUCCCAUCAUGCCUCACAAAAUGGUCUUUUACCAUUACAGCAAGCUGUAAUUAAGUGGCAAGCCUACAGCAAGCACCAUCAAAUCCAGAGCUUGGAAUAUACUUUUCUUCUGGAACUGCUGAAAAACAUUGAAGAACAGUGGGACCAUGUGGGUUUAGAAGGAGAACAAGAGCAAAGUUUAACUGAAAGUUUUAAUCUCUUCACCGAAUAUUGCCUGUUACUCUUAAAAAAGCUGAGAGAAAAUUUCCCUGUCACAAGCAAUGCUGCGAUCAUUCGAUUAGAAUAUUUGCUACGAUGCCUCAGUCAAAUCUACAGCAUGGAGGCCUUCAAGAAAGUAUGCCCAUUUCAUAAUGAACUACAUGUUGAGACUGCAACUUUCCUCAAGAAAGGCACAUUAGAGUGGUAUGAAAAAACAUAUGGCAGCUUCAAACCAGAAUCGAAGAAUGAGUUGGAACAGUUAAGAGCCCUCGUCAAGCUAAGUGAUGCUGUACAGACUGAUAUACAGAGAAGUCAAAAUGUGUACAAUAAACUGUUUGCCAGCAUUGUAAAAGUGGACUUGUUCAGUGUCACCUACAGACAGUUGGAGAAACUGGUGGCUGACAAUGUAGUUGUCAUCAUGGAAGAACUGUGCCUGAGAUUAGAACAAGAAGGUAUCAAAAUGACACAAAACAUGGGGGAGACGCUCUUUGAAUUGUACCUUUCACUCAAAGAACUAAAGCAUUUCAGAGAAUUUCUUCCUCUAAAGGACAACAAAUCUUUGGCAUUAUCGGGAUUCCAUGAGUGGUUCAAGACAUCAAUCCACAGGUGGUUGCAGAUAGUGCAUGAAAAAACCUGUGAAAGAAUACAGAAAGCUGUUGAAAUGGACAAGCUUGAGUAUGUUGAUGCACUCUCAAAACACAGUAGCUCUGCAGUGGAUGUGACAACCUGCGUCUCUCAUAUCAAAGACUUCUGGAUUCAGCUGGCCUGGCCUGACCCUGAAGGAGCAUUCAUUUUUGUAACGCAGCUUACUGAUGAUGUCUGCAAUGCAGCUGUAAGAUACUCCGACAUAAUUAAACGUAAAGUUGACAGAAGUUAUCAGACUAAUGGACAAAUUAAUAUAACACACCAGAUGUGUAUUGUCUUGAAUAACAUUGAACACGUCCGUAAGUUCAUUGGAAACCUACCCAAGGAGCUAGACUGGAAAUCUUUGGAGACUGCUGUGGAACAGUCAUGUGGAGCGGAGAGCAAGCAACAGAUUCAGAAAGCACUCAGCAAUCAACAGCAGAAUAUGGAACAUGAGAUGCAAAGGGAAGUGAGAAACAUGACCUUACUCUUAACUGAAAAGAUGAUUGGAGACAUCAACAAAUAUAUUCAGCACAUUAGUCUGUCUCCUGAUUCAAUUCAGAACGAUGAUGCCGUUUCUCCUUUGAUGAAAUUCCUUGAUGAUAAGCUCAUCAUCCUAAGUGAAUCAUUAGUAAAGGAAAACCUCAGCAGGGUACUCAAAGCUCUCUGGCAACUUCUUCUGAAACUAAUUCUGGAUGCUGUAGCUGCAAACAGAGGCGUAUCUGCUGAGUUCUAUGGACGAUUUUACUAUACUCUUGAAGCUCUUGUCGAAUUCUUCCAUGCUGAAGGUCAAGGACUAGCACUUGAUGUACUAAAGAGUGGCGAUUAUAAAAUACUGGAAGAAGAACUGCGACUAAAUAAAUGUGGAACCUAUGAAUUGAUUGAGCAAUAUUACUUGGACAAGCUAAAACAGCAGAGGUCAAUAGAGCAGAGCAAAUAUGGAAGAAUAAGUGUGAAGUGCUACUAUGAAACAUCAGAACAGAAACUCUAUGUGGAGGUGUUACACGCUGCGGAUCUUAUAGCACUGGAUACUAAUGGCUUGAGUGACCCAUUUGUCAUUGUUGAACUUUGCCCACAUCAUAUCUUUCCACUGGCAAGGAGCCAAAGGACUCAGGUUAAAAACAAGACGUUACAUCCAGUAUAUGAUGAGCUGUUUUAUUUCUCAGUGGCACCUGAACAAUGCAGAAAGAAAUCAGCCUGCAUUUUGUUUACAGUUAUGGACCACGACUGGCUUUCUACAAACGACUUUGCUGGAGAAGCCAUCAUACCUCUGCAUGAUAUCCAUGGCCUGAACAAACCAACUGUCUUGGGAGGAGUGAAGAAUGUUCAGCCAAUGGUUCUAAGACUGACAAGACCAAAGCUCAGUGCAAAACCUAUACAGAAAAUGCUAGAAGGGCGAACAACAGACAAAGAUGCACAAGACUUUGUCAAAAGGCUGAAAGAAAUGGAAAAGUCUAUGGGAGAUGAUAUCUAAUCUCAACAUGUAACCAUAAAAACUAUGUAAUCUGCAAACGUUGUAAGAACUGAAAAUCUAUUUAUAAUGCUUUGUUUGUGGGACUGUCAUCCCCACAUUAUUUUGGCUGUUACGCAAAGUUGAGACGAUAUUUUGUGCUUAUAAAUGCUUUAUACAUUUCUUUUUCGAUUAAAUAAGAACAUCUGCAUUGCAUCAUGCUAACAGCACUCUUUACACGCAAGAAGCAGGCUUGGUACAAAUAAAAAAUGGGCAUGCCCGUAUGGUGCAGUGUUAAAAAAGGUUAAACACUGAAUUUAGUUUUGUGCUUUGAAUUCAAAAUGUUCAGUGUUACUUAACAUGCUAUUAUGACCAAAAAGCCCAAGAGUAUUAGCCUGUGAUGAUCUCCCUGGAUAACAGCUCAGACUGAGGGAAUGUCACUGCCUCCUGCUGAGAACAUCUGGGCAUCAAGAUGUUCUGAACCUUGUCCUGUAUUCUGGCAUUUCAUUGUACUGUUCUGCAAUGUAUGCACUUUGCACCUUAUCCAUGCCAAGGGAAUGCCAGUAAACAAAAUACUGCACCUCUUGUAUCAACUUUGCAAUUUUUGUGCAUUUUAAGCAGCUAAAUUUCCCCAGUGGGUAUAGCCCCUUUUACAAAUUUACACAUUAUACUUAAUAUGAAAAUGUUAUUGCAAACUGCAAUAUAUUAAGGAUAUUUUUUAUUUUUUAAUUAUGGGUACAGUGGACUAUGUCUGUAGCCAUUGGUUAUGAACUUUAUGCCAACAUUUGAAAUACAUAUUUUAAAAGUUGUUUGCUCAAAAAAUUUGCUCUGAAUAAAACUUAACUGUUUUUAUGUAUUUUUAAUGUUUUAUUAUAAGUUUUCUUAAUACUUGUUUUAGAUUUCUACUUAAUGUGCAUACAUGUGUAAUAUCUAUGCUUAGCAGACGUGUUAUACUUAAACAGCUGUAUAUCUUGUUUGGUACAUGUAUGAACUUUUUUAUGACACUGGUUGGCAAAGUGAACAUGAAAACUCUGAUUUAUUGUAACACUGUUAAACAGCAGACAACUACAGAUACAGAGACUGAAUAAAGCUAUCAGUGGUAGCAGUUCUGAAUCCUUA